AUGAUGUUCGACGAUGUCGAUGAACAUAUGGAUAGAGUGACUCUCGCCGCCAUCUAUCAAGCACUCCCUGAGGACGUCUUUCUCAUGGUGGCUGAGAAGGAUUCCAUCAAGCUAGCGUGGGAGACGCUAAAGACAAUGCAUGUUGGAGUGGAGAGAGUUAAGGAUGCAAAAGUGCAAACCUUGAAGACACAAUUUGAGGCGAUUCAUAUGAAGAAUGGGGAAUCGGUGGAUGAUUUCGCCAUGAAAUUGACAUCGAUCGUGACUGGUAUCCUCUCGUUGGGAGAGAAGAUCGUUACAACGAUCGAGCAAUUUCGUGAGCUCAAGAAUAUGAACGUCGAAGAGAUUGUCGGUCGUCUCAAAGUCCACGAGGAGAGACUUCGCGGCUAUGGAGACCAACACGAGGAGCACCUAUUACUCACACAUGAUGAAUGGAUGUCACGAAUGAAAAAAAACGGAGAAGCUAAUUUUUCUUCUGGAUCGUCGAGUUGUAGUGGCAACGGUGGAGAUAACCGAGGUCGUGUCAAAGGGCAAGGUCAAAGGCGCAGUUGUGAAGAAAGCUCAACUGAAAAUACCAAGCCCAGCAAAGAAAAUAGCAAAGUGAAGUGUUACACUCGUCAAAAGUAUGGGAACUACGCGUCUAAGUGCCCUAACAAUAGGUCUGAUGAUGAGGCAAACCUCACUAGCUUCUAUGACGAGGAGCCAUCAUUAAUGUUUGCUGAGGUAGUGACGAAAGCUUUGCCCGAAGACAAUGAUGCAAACCUCACUAGGUUUUAUUACGAGGAGCCAGUAUUAAUGUUUGUCGAGGGAGACGAGAAGACAAACCUUGAAGAGUUCAUGCAAGAACCGUCCAAGGAGGAACUAGAUGUGGUGUUGUUCAAUGAAGAGAAAGUUAUGGAGAAACUCCUCGCAUGUGGCGAUGAGUGUAAUCACACCAAUGUGUGGUACCUUAAUAAUGGAGCAAGCAACCAUAUGAUGGGCCAUCGAGAGAAUCUCAAUGAGCUCGACGAGAAAAUUACCGGAAAUGUGAAGUUCGAAGAUGGAAGCAAGGCGCACAAUUUUCCUAAUCCAGCUUGUGGAAAAAUCUAUGUGAGCAGAGAUGCCAUAUUCGAGGAGGAGAAGAAGUGGAAGUGGUGCAACAAUAACAACAAGCUCGUAUAA